UGUACCGUGUGAACCAUAUAUUCACGCACGUGACUGACCCUCCCUAAAAAAAUUUUUGACAAAAUUAACCACUCCUUCCCUCUCUAUACACCCCCAUACCCUUUUCUCCGUCGUCAUGGCUAAAGCUACCAAAAUUGACAAAAAGACCGACAAGAAGAAGGAGUCUAAGAAGGUAGACAAGCCCGUAAAGGCUGUCACGAAUGGAACCAAGCCCACUUCACCUGUUAAGGCCGUUAAAGCUGUGGUCGAUGAGAAAAAGUCGAAAAAAUCGAAAAAGCCCGUGAAGAGGCCAAAGCUGAGUCGUCGUCGGAAUCUGAGGAUGAAAAGCCCAAGGGCAAGGGCAAGGCCAAGGCUGCCCAGGUCAGCUCGAAGAAAGCCCCCGCUAAGUCGGACUCCAGCGACAGCUCGGAGGACGAGAAACCCAAACCGAAAGCACCUACGCCCAAGAAAGCCGCUGCCAAAUCCGACUCUUCUGACUCUGAAUCAUCUGAUUCAGAGUCAGACGUCAAGCCCGCUGCUGCAACUAAAAAAGCUGAAUCAUUCAGAGGAAUCAUCAGAAAGCGAAAGCGACGAAGAAGAGAAACCAUCUGCACCUGCGCAAAAGAAGCCCAUACCUGCAACAAAGGACGCUUCGUCUUCAGACUCAUCAGACAGCGAAAGCGACAAAGAGGACGCAAAGAAACCCGCGGCCGCGCCCAAGAAGGCAGAAUCUUCGAAUGACGAGUCCUCGGAUUCUGAUUCUGACGAUGAAGGAGCGGGUAAGAAGACGAAGAAAGACGAGUCGUCCGACUCGGAUUCAGAUUCGGACUCGGAUGUUGAGAUGGGUGACGACUCUGCUAAACCAGCCGUGAAUGGCAAGCGCAAAGCCUCUGGCGACGACGCUACUCCCCCCAAAAAGAUAAAACUUGCCGAUGGAGCCGCUGCUCCCGCUACCACUGACGAAGAAGCCACAAAGUCCAUUUUCGUUGGCAAACUUUCUUGGGGUGUUGACGACGAGCGACUAGCAUCCGAGUUCGCUGAAUGUGGCGAGGUCGUUUCUGCACACGUCCAGCUUGACCGCAACACGGGCAAGUCUCGUGGAUUCGGAUACGUGCACUUCACCUCGUCAGACGCAGUGGAGAAAGCACUAGAGAUGUCUGGUCAUGAAAUUGAUGGACGCGCCAUAUUCGUCGACAAAUCGCAACCUCCCUCCGCAGACCGCACAGCUAGCCGGGCCAAGAAGUUUGGCGAUGAGACAAGCGAGCCGAGCAGCACGCUCUUCUUGGGCAACCUCAGCUUUGACGCGAAUGAAGAUAACGUGUGGGAGUUCUUCAAUGAGUACGGCGUGAAGAACGUCCGACUUCCAACUGACCGGGACACCGGGCGCAUGAAAGGGUUUGGAUACGUCGAGUUUGAGGAUAUUGAGGGUGCGAAGAAAGCAUUUGCUGCUGCACAAGGCCAGGAGAUUGCUGGCAGAGCUAUUCGAGUUGACUAUUCGCAACCGCGUGAUGCUUCUGGUGGUGGCGGACGUGGUGGAAGAGGCGGAGGCCGUGGUGGAUUUGGUGAUCGCGGUGGACGCGGCGGUGGCAGAGGAUUUGGAGACCGUGGCGGUCGUGGUGGUGGCAGAGGAUUUGGCGGUGACCGUGGUGGACGCGGUGGAAGAGGUGGACGAGGAGGAUUUAAUCCUCGGUCAGGCGGUAUCGUGCCUUUCGACAACAAAAGGAAGAUCACAUUCUAAAUCUGAUUUCCAUCUAUCUGGGUUACAUCCAUGCCGAUUUAUAUGUAUAUCUUUUACUACCCUCAUGCUGUUAAUGAUCAACGUCUAGGAUAUUUGCAUAGACUAAACAUGCUUAAAUUCAGUGAAUUUACUCAGUGCAGCAGCAGCAACAACAAAUAACUUAGAUGGUCCAUCAAUACAAACUACACGAUGCCUAUGUCGGUCUUGUCAAGAUCUCAGUGUCGGAGUCUUUGGGACUGGCAGAAGCCAGGAACAUCGCCU